CGCUUCCAUCGCAGCCAACGCUCUGUGGCAUGGCAGGCCAUUCGAUACGAAAACGACUCGCUCAACGCAUCCGCAUGCGGAUGGAUGGCUAAUACGAAUUCGCUUGGAACGAAACACACACGAAUACACACACUGCCACUGUCCACAUGCAGAUGCCGUAGAUACCAGAUACCAGAUACCAGACACAAGUGCUGCCGCAGAUACCGAGAUAAACGUGCGCGUGUAGAGCCGCUCUGCAGAAUAGCAACAGCAGCAAGCAGCUCCAGCUCCAGCCAGCAGCUCCAGCUCCAGCUCCAGCAACGAUCCUGAUCCGGCCGAAACUCCUCCCGUAUUUCGCAUAAUUGGCUAAAAGUCACUUGCCGACCGCUUUGCCGCUUCGCCGCUUUGUAGUUAGCCGCCAGACGGAGCGACGCCACAGAGCCAGAGCCCAGAGGAUAGGGAAGAGACAGCAGAAGGCUUACCAGCAUGCUGGUGCCGCCGGAUAUGCUGGCCGCCCAGACGCGCAUGAUCUACCAGAUGAAUCGCUACUGUGCCGAGCGUGUCCAGGGUCGCAUGUUCAAGACAGCGACAGCCAUACGGGAGAUCUGCAAGAUCAUCCAGGACAUACUCAAGGAGGUGGAGCUGCAGGAGCCGCGCUUCAUCUCGAGCCUCGUCGAGUGCAAUGGCAGGUUCGAGGGCGUUGAGGUCAUCUCACCGAAUGAGUUCGAGAUUGUGCUGUACCUCAACCAGAUGGGCGUCUUCAACUUCGUGGACGACGGCACCCUGCCCGGCUGUGCGGUGCUCAAGCUGAGCGACGGCCGCAAGCGCUCCAUGUCCCUGUGGGUGGAGUUCAUCACGGCCUCGGGGUAUCUGUCGUCGCGGAAGAUCCGCUCCCGCUUCCAGACGCUGGUGGCGCAGGCGUGCGAGAAGAGCAUGUACCGCGACAUGGUGAAGAUCAUGGGCGACAGCGGCGAGGUGAAGCUGCGCAUCCGGGAGCGCUAUGUGGUGCAGAUAACGCCGGCGUUCAAGUGCUCCGGCAUCUGGCCGCGGUCGGCGGCCCACUGGCCCAUGCCGCACAUCCCCUGGCCGCACCCGAAUAUCGUGGCCGAGGUCAAGACGGAGGGCUUCGAUCUGCUCUCCAAGGACAGCGCCGCCAUGCAGAACAAGAACAACAAUGCGGCCAGCAUGGAGGGCGAUGCCUGGGUGCUGAGCUUCCACGAGGCCGAGAAUCGCCUGCUGCAGGGUGGCUGCCGCCGUCGCUGCCUGAGCAUAUUGAAGACGCUGCGUGACCGGCACCUGGAGCUGCCCGGCAGCCCGAUCAGCGCCUAUCACCUGAAGAAUCUGCUGCUGUACGAGUGCGAGAAGCAUCCGCGGGACUACGAGUGGGACGAGAGCUGCAUCGCGGAUCGCAUCAACGGCAUCUUCCUGCAGCUCAUCUCCUGCCUGCAGUACCGUCGCUGUCCCCACUACUUCCUGCCCAGCCUGGACAUGUUCAAGGGCAAGUCGCCCAGCGCCCUCGAGCAGGCGGCCAAGCAGGUCUGGCGCUUGACCAGAGAGAUGCUGACCAAUGCGAAUGCCUUCGACAAGUUGUAGAUGUUUGUGCGAGAGUGUGCGAGUGUGUGCGAGUGUGUGCGAGUGUGUGUGUGGGGGGGUACUCGAUAAAGGUGCUAAAUUUUCAUUGUCGCUGCGAUUGUUGAGUGCUGCGAGAUAAGACCCAGUGGAGAGCGAGAGAGAGAGAGGCUGCCUGCUGCCGUCUCCCUCCCUCCAUGCCAUUCGCGGCUGCCAUUUUGUAUCUGUGCCAUGAGCUGAAGCUGUAUCUCUGUGUCUGUCUGUGUCUGCCUGUGUCCGUCUGUGUGUUUGUGUGCGUCAAAGGCAAAGUGUUAAUGCAAAGAUGCGAGAUAAGUCCACUCCCCAUUCGACUCCUCGGCAGUGGCCCUGCCAGCGGCUUAGCCCUGCGAAUAUUGUUUUUAAUAACUCGGAGCAUCCUUUGUUGCCGUCUGUCUGCCCCUGCGAACAAUGAGCCUCUGGGCUGGCAAAAGGGAACAUUUGGCCAGGCGGCGGCUCCUUUUACAGCAAAAUUCAGCAGCAGGGCUGGGCAGGGCAGCACUCAACGAUUGUUUCUGUAGUAUUUGCCGAUCCUAGAUCAAAGCAAUGCACAAAUAGCACACACAAACCGAAGAGAAGAGCAGAGAAGAGCAGAGAAAGGAGAGUGAGUUCCGUGCCAUUGAUCGCUGCAAGUUCAACUCCAAAUGUUUUCCUUGCCAUGUUCGUGUCUCUAUAAACAAUACAAUACACAACACGUGUGGGCAUUAUCCACAGUUUAAUAUGCAUAAAUACUCGUAAAUAAUUGUGGGAAAUAAUGCUUGAAUAAAUUCGAGAAUAGCCAGAAGCCAGUUACAC